UACGUGUGAUGUCACUCGGCAAGGGCCGGGCCGUCUCGCAAGCACAUCAUCAUAUCACGUGCAUGUUGAACUUGAAAUUUUUGAUCGUUUGGGACUUCUCUUUCUUCCUCCUCCUCUCAGCGCAUCUUCCUGCUACUGCACAGCUUGUAGGCAGUCAUUCUGUUGACCUCUGCUGCUGUAUUAUACAGCUUGCGUAUACAUCUCCCGCCAGUCUAGCACGUUCGCUGAUGUACGCAAGCUCACUUCACCGCCGUUACAAACUAGCAACAAUACCUCUACUGCCGACUGAUGCUUUUUCUUUUGCAUGGAGGUCUGAGACUUGGCGCACAGGCUUGAACUAGAGGAGGUGGCGGUGGUGCUAAUAGGUUGUCAAGAGAGACGUGGAUGUAGAGCAAUUUGCGCUACGCAAGGUCCAGUCAGCGUUGCAAAUUUAGGCUGCAACCGGUACCAUACAUCGGGGCCCUAGGGUGCAUCAAUUUUCUGUACCGAGUCCUCACACGUUCACCCAACCCCUCAGUUUGCCAUGGCUUCGUGGUGCCUAUUGUAUGCUACUUAUUAUUCUACGCUAACCUGUAUUAUCUACAUGCUGAAUAUGACAAUUUUUUAUCUUCC